AAACUGUGAGUGGAGAACUGAGAUUCGGACUGGACAGCAGCGGGAGAGCCCAGCUAAGCACACGGAUUCAUGAAUCUAACUUUCUCUCGCAUUUCCACUUCUGAGAAUUAGUUUGUUUAAUCAAUAUAUUCAAUAUUGGGACGCCAACACCGGACAAGAGAUCUGCAUAGCUAUUUUUCAUGAUACCGAUUGUACAAAUGGUCAAGCAAUCAGUGCUGUUGCUGGGCGUAGGUUCGUUCAACCCCCCAACAAUUAUGCAUCUUAGAAUUAUGGAAUUGGCUAGGGAUUUUCUCACAAAAACCGGAAAAUUCAGUGUAGUCGGAGGAGUUUUGUCUCCAGUGCAUGACGCUUAUGGGAAAAAGGACCUUGUCGCAGGAAAGCACCGUAUAGAAAUGACAAAAUUAGCAUUGGAGCAUAACAGUUGGGUAAAGCUAUCAUCGUGGGAGGCAGCCCAUAAUACGCAGUGGACCAGAACACGAGCAGUAGUUGAUUAUCAUCAGAAUCGUCUCAACGCUUACCUUGAUGGGAGUCUAGGAGAGAAAGACCCUUGGAUGCCCGAUCCACAGAAUCAUAGUUCCAUUAGUUGUAAAUUAGUUUGCGGAGCAGAUGUGCUGGAGACGUUCAAUACGCCUGGACUAUGGACUGAAGAGGAUACCCUGACAUUGGCUCAGGAUUACGGACUAGUAGUCAUUUCUAGGGAAGGAAAUGACCCUUAUAGAUCAAUUUACAACUGCGAUAUUUUACACGAACAUCGGGCAAACAUCCACGUGGUACAAGAAUGGUUAUCAAAUGAAAUAUCUUCCACCAGAAUUCGUCGUGCCUUAAGGAGACAUGAAUCUGUCCGAUAUGUAGUGCCUGACCCUGUAAUUGAUUAUAUCGCUGGCGAAGGGCUGUAUAAAACUUUGUGAAUAAUUUAAUUAGUAAAUAGUUAUGUAUAUGGGCAUAAAAGUGCCCCGGACUUUAUAAAUAUCAAACAAAGUUUUCAUGAAAAUAUUGUGACACGAGUAUUUUGUUGUGUAAGACAUAUAUUUAUUAUUUUGUGAGUUGAAUAAACGAAUAGAAAGAAUGCA